AUGUUACGAGAGAGCAUAAUCGCUGUCAAUGGGGAGCUUCGCCUCGUGGAGAUUGAAAUCAAGAAGGGCCAGUCUGAGCUGGAGGUCUUGCGUUCAGCCUUAGCUUCCGCCGAGUACAGGAGAGAAGCAGCGGAACAGCGUGAGCUGAUGUUGCAGAAUGAAGUGGAUAGGUUGCGUUCUCUUCGACAAGCUGAACUUGAGAUUAUUCAGCAACAGUUCCACUUUCGCAAACUGUAUGAAGAAGCAGAGGAUCGGCUAAGAAACCAGAAGAAGGAAUACGACCUGAAGAUGGAGGAGUUGAAAGGUGUGCUUAGCACUGUCGAUGACAGGGCAGCGCAAGCCAAAAUUGAGGCUGAAAAUCGAGUACGGAGCCUGGAAAAGGAGCUUUCCGAGGCAUGGGCGAUGGUGGUAACUCUUGAGGACAGGUUGGAGCAGCAAAACAGUGAAAGCGAGCAUGAAAAGAGACAAAUGAAGGAGUCUGCAUUUUCACAAAGGGUGAAGUAUGAGAGUGAGCUGGCGACUCUGAGAAACCAGCUUCAUGACGAAGAGGCCCGACGGAAGUCUUUGGAGAAGUCCCUUUCAAUGGCUGAAUACAAAUGCUCUCUUGCUGAGAAUCAGCUGCAAGAACAGAUGAAAGAGUUCAGGCAAAAGAUGGAGGAACAGCUUCGUGAAGCAAAUGCACUCAUUGCCUUCCCAUCGUCAGCAUCCGUCGAUUCUCGCGAAACCACAAGUUCGCCUCUGGGCGAGCCCGUCGCCAACCUCGUGCGACGAAUCACGAAUGUCGCUGCUACCUUCCUCUUAACAGCGGCUUCAGUCGUCACGCUCCUUUCCUUUCCCUUGGACGCUUCCGCAGCAGCAGAAGCGCCAGCUGAUCUUGCAGCAGUACCAUCAUCCGCUCUUGUCGUGUCACUUUCCCCAGGAGAUACGACUCGGGACAUCCAGCAAACCCUAGCCCUGGCAUACUCAGGACCAGUCGCUCAAAUCGCGGAUACGGCAGCUGUCGGUGGAACUGCACCAGAUAGCGCUUUUCCUGUUAGCCAAUCAGCAGCUGACAGCAUGGCAGCAGCAAGCCCCGUGAUUGACGGAGCGCAGCUCUUGAGCGGCGGUAAACGGGAGGCUUUGAUUCGUCAGUUGGAGAAUCUGGAGAGAGACUACGGAUGGCGUAUGCGUGUGCUGACUCGAUAUGCGCCUGAGCAGUUCGAAACAGAGGCCCUACGUGCAGUGUGGCAGCCUGACGACCGAACGGUAGUGGUGGUGGCGGACGUCACAUCACCCAACAUCCUCAACUUCUUUGCAGGAGACACUGUCAGGGAGAAGCUUCCACGGCAGUUCUUCAUCGAGCUACAAUCCCGCUUUGGCAACCAGUUUUACGUGGCAGAGCAGGGAGACACAAAAGCCGUCCAAGAUGCCGUUGCCACACUUCAAACCUGUCUCUUAAAGCCCGCCGGCUGCAGCAACGUGCCCGGCCUGGUAGACGACCUUUACUUCAUCACUCUCUCCACCGCAAUCCUUGGCGGAAUAGUUUUCGGCUUUGCCGCCCGCUUGGAACCUUCUGGGAAGGUGGAGGCCUCUUGGCAGUGGGUGCUACUUUUCUCCCCGCUGUGGCUGCUGCUGUUUGUUGCCUUUUCUCUGCUGCCCAUUACUGCUCGGACGGACGACCUGGAGCCGUUGCUGAAAAAUGGGGCUGGGCGACGAGGCGACAUGCCGUACUGCAUUGUUCCUAACCACCAUCGCCACAGUAACGUCGAAAGUUCCGCGGAAAGCGGCGGAUCAGGCGCCGCGGAGAGCUGCGGGAAUGGCGGCGGAAAUGGCGGGGAUGGCGGGAAAGUGAGGCUUUUUUACGAGACGUACGGCCAUGGAGACAUUAAAGUGCUUAUGAUAAUGGGCCUCGCCGCUGGGCACGCAGCCUGGCGGCACCAGGUGAAGGCUCUGACGGGCACGGGUAUUCCCAAUGGUGGGGGGCAGCACCGGGAGUCGAUUUUUGAGUCGAGUGAAGAAAAGGCUCUGUCUGGCACGGAUAUUCCCAAUGGCGGCAUGAUAGCAUGCAAGGUGGCAGCGACGGCAUCACACAGAAUCAUUUCCCUUGCGCUCAUCAGUGUCAGCGGAGGCGGCUUCGACCUCCUCCCCCGGCUGGACUCGCGAGUCUUCUCCAUUGCCUACCGCCUGCUGAACGCUCGAACCCCGGAGCUGAGAGCUCAGGUGGACCUGGACACACACUUCUCGCAGGAGUACAUGGAGGAAACGGAGGCACACAGUGGCUUGUCUCGGAGGGAAUCUCUGCACAUGGUGAACGCGUGUCUGGCUGUGCUGAUGGAGGUGGCGGAGAGGAGAGUACCGGUGGAGGAGUGGGUGGAGCGCUACAGAGAUGACAGGCUGCCUGCUCCUGCCACGUGGCAGAAUGAGAUUGGACGCAGCAGCUCCCAAGACUUCACAAACCCAUUCUUCCAGUUUCCUUCUCAGUGGUUUCAGCCUGAGAUGCCAAAGCCAGGAGCAGGGUCAGAGGCAAUGCUAUGUGCCAUGGGGACUAUUACGCAGAAGAUUAAAGACAUUGAAGAUGAGAUGGCUCGCACGCAGAAGAACAAGGCAACAGCGCAUCACUUGGGCCUACUCAAGGCCAAGCUGGCGAAACUUCGGCGAGAGAUCCUGACGCCGUCGGGCGGUAAGGGAGGCGGAGCAGGGGAGGGCUUCGAUGUGACAAAGAGCGGUGAUUCACGAGUGGGUCUCGUGGGUUUCCCGUCGGUGGGGAAGUCGACGCUUUUAAACAAGCUGACAGGCACAUUCUCUGAGGUCGCAUCCUACGAGUUCACAACGCUCACGUGCAUCCCGGGUGUGAUUCGAUACCGAGGGGCCAAGAUUCAGCUUUUGGAUUUACCCGGGAUUAUUGAGGGGGCCAAGGACGGCAAAGGGCGAGGCAGGCAGGUCAUCUCCACUGCUCGCACGUGCAACUGCAUCGUGAUUGUAUUGGACGCCAUCAAGCCCAUCACACACAAGAGACUCAUUGAGAAGGAGCUUGAGGGCUUCGGUAUCAGGCUAAACAAGGAACCUCCAAAUCUGACCUUCAGGCGCAAGGACAAGGGAGGCAUCAGCAUCACAGCAGCGUGCACCGUCACCAACCUGGAUCUUGACACGGUGAAGGCCGUGUGCUCAGAGUACCGCAUCCACAACGCGGACGUGCACCUGAGAUACGACGCGACAGUGGACGAUCUGAUCGACGUGAUUGAAGGCAGCCGCGUGUACAUCCCGUGUGUGUACGCCGUGAAUAAGGUCGACCAAAUUACCCUGGAGGAGCUGGAGGUGCUGGAUAAGCUGCCUCACUACUGCCCUGUUAGUGCCCACUUGGAGUGGAAUCUGGACGGACUACUGGAGAAGAUCUGGGAGUACCUUGAUCUCGUGCGGGUGUACACGAAGCCGAGGGGAGCGAAUCCGGACUACGAGGAUCCAGUGAUUCUGUCGGGCAAGACGCGGACGGUUGAUGAUUUCUGCAACCGCAUCCACAAGGACAUGUCCAAGCAGUUCAAAUAUGCUUUGGUGUGGGGAUCCAGUGCCAAGCACAAGCCACAACGAGUAGGCAAGGAGCAUGAGCUGGAGGACGAGGAUGUGGUGCAGAUUGUGAAGAAGGUGUGA